GCUCUGGCCCUCACAACAUCCGGUCCUUGAGCCUGACCUGUUGCUAUGGAGACGGCGGCAAGCGCGGGAGAGAACGUGCGACGUGUAGCUUGCGGCUAGCAAAGCCUCCCGGACAGGCGAACUGGGCCACAGGUGGACCUCGGCAGGACUGCUCACGGAAGGAAGGAUCGUCGGACGAAAGGAUCUAGCGGGCGGAUGGCGCCUGGGCGGGAUGGGAAGAGGAGCAUUUCGGCAGCAGGCUCAGACGCAGAAAUGCAAGCUGCCCGGCAGCCCCCGUGCCUGAGCCCCGGCAACCCCGUCUUCUCCUGCAUGCUGGACCCCAAAACGCUGCACACCGCCACCUCUCUGUCGAAGCCCGAGAUGAUCAUGUACAAAACCAGCGGGGGUCGCUACGGGGAGUUUUCCCCACUGCCGCAGUUCCUGCCCUGCAGUUACAUUCCGAAGGAGCAGGGGUUUUCAAACCAUAUCAGAGCAACGGGACUUUUUCAGAACAACACACUCAAUACUGCGCUUGACAGAACCAGAACCAUUGAUUUCCCCAAUUUUCAACAUACUCUGUGAAAACAUAUUCCUCUGAAAAUUUAAGAGACAAUGUACCCAGAAAAAUGAGUUGCAAAUCUAAAGCUAGAAUACUUAGAUUAAAAACAGAUCUGAAUAAAUGAAAAUAUACCACUAAGAAA